CGCAUUCUGCACACCUUUUCCAUUUGCUAAUUAAGCCCUGCCUCUCUGGGACAGAAGACUCCCUAGCUGGCCGGGCAGGGGCAUCGGACCGAGACCCGGGACCGCCAUGAAGCUGCUCCGAGGGGCCUUCCUCUUCCUUUCUAUAUGCAUCCUCUGCUACAGUGAAGAAAGCAAGGAUCCUACAACGAACACACCAGUGACUAAGCCAAUGACUACACAAUCCCAAUCCACAGUUCUCACAACUCCAGCUCCAUUUCCAGAGAAAAAUGAGACUGUUCAAACUUCAUUGAAUACUCAGGAAAAGCCAAACACCACAGUUGCAACAUUCACUUCAACAGUAGGACCAUCAUUAUCAUCAAGCUUAAUAUCCUCCACAGACAAUGGAACACUCAAAGAACAAUCAUCAACGCCUAUGGUUUCUACAAAGUCUCCAUCUGGCUCAGCAGUGACAAAGACAGAAAAAGGAACCCCCCAAAGCAAGAGCCCAACUGAUGCUUGCAGCACUGCAAACCCACAAGAUCAUCAAUUUCAGAGUAAUGUGUCAGCUACACAAAGCAGCCAGAAGAGCAAUCACACUUUGACACCAACAAAAAAGCCAGAAAAUACUCUGGGAAUGAUUACCACACCCCACAUCAGGGACCAGGGAAGCACCAAAGACUAUGGUAACACAAGCUCCCUUCAGACCAACUCCUCUUAUUCCAGUGUGAUUUUGCCAGUCGUUAUUGCUCUGAUAGCAAUAACACUGUCAGUAUUCACUCUGGUGGGACUGUACCGAAUGUGCUGGAAGACAGACCCAGGUACAACAGACAAUGGAACUGACCAGCCCCAAUCAGAUAAAGAAAGUGUUAAACUUCUCACUGUCAAGACAAUAUCUCCUGAGACCAAUGAAGAAACUGAGGCCCAGGAAAUUAAACAACUUGCCCAAGGUCAUACAGGUGAACAGUCUGCUCAAGGAAAAAAUAAAAACUGACAAGCUGAUGAGUCCUCUCUACACCUGGGCCAAUAACAAUGUAUGAAAAAACACACUACUGUAUGUGACAGGAGUUUCCCUUGAAGAGCAAGUUUCAGCUGAAGAUUAUAAGGAUUGCCAUAUCACAGGCUGAUGGACCAACUAGCAACAUUCCCUCUCUAUCUCUUUUCAACUUUAACAUAUUUACAAUUUUCAGCCUUGGAGACAUUUGUUAUCUCAGUGGCUUUUUGUUACCUGGUGUUCAUAUUUAUUUUUUUCUUUAUAUGUUAAAGCAGAACCUUUGCAAAUCUGUUUAAGAUAUACCAUUGUUCCUUUGUACAUACAAGUGUUUUAUUCAAUUUUUUCAUAUACCUGAAAUAUAUUUUUCACAUACCAGAAGCAUGUAUAUAUCCUUUUAUAGUGCUUUAAUAAAUAAUGACUUUCUCAAAAUGCUUAAAGUCAAUGUGAAUGUGGAGAUGGCAAUAGUGUAUUUUCUCCACAAAUAUGUGUAUUUUCCUAUUGAUACCUUGAUAUCAUUAUUCACCUAGGGACCAUCAGUAGUGGAGCUCAGUCAUGAAAACUAUAUAAGAAAUAAGAAAGAGCAAAAGAAUCAAGGACAAAGCCAAUUAAUUGUACACUUACCAUGUCAACAUGAAAGCCUUUUGUUUUUAAUUCCUACUCUGUGACCAGGAUUCUAUAUUCAUCAAAGACAUAAGAGCAUAUUUGUCAUUAAUUGCCUCAUUCUAUGUACAUAUUUAACUCUUAGAAAUUUAGGAAAUACUUCCAAUGACCACUGAUGAAUUUUCCUGAUUCUAGAAAAUGGGUAUUUUAUAAGUGCAAAAUUAAGUUAUCACCUGCCAGUGUACUACAUUCUUAGAAAUACAAUGCACUGUUAGAUAGCAGCCCAUUGGGAACAAAAUCAUCUCUUGAGAGCUGCCUGCUCAACUCUGAUUCCAGUGUGCUAUUUUCCCUUGGUGCACAGGCAUUCCAAAAAGAAAAUCAGAAGAGGCUUUAUGAGACACUCAGGCACUAAUGAGCAUGCCAUAGCUAAUACUUUAAAUUUUGUGAUUACCUAAAUUGAUUUGUAUGCUUACUUAUCUGAGGGACCCAAGGUCAGUAUAUAUUAUGUAAACUAGUAUAUUUUUUUAAUGUUUAUUUUGUCUUCUCCCUUGAUGGCAGUGCAUUUGAAGAGAUUUACUUCUCAGAGUUUCAAUAAAUGAUCAUAUUUUUUCUAGCUUCCUAAUGAUGGAAAAGUUUCCAAUACAAGUUCAAAGAGUCACCACAACCCCACCAUUGAUAUUUCUCUCCUCAUUUACUUAGAGAGGGGAGAAAAAGAAGAGGGUGAUCAUAGGAUCAUAUAUUCUAGCUCAAAGAAACCUUAGAGGUCAUCUGGUCCAACUCCCUCAUUAUAUAAAUGAGGUGAGUCCCAGAAAAGUUAAGUGAUUUGCUCAAACUCACACAGAUACCAUCUGUGGCAGAAUGUAAGCCUAAGUCUUCCUGACUCCAAGCCCAUUAUACCACACAGCCUCUCUGAGGUUGGCAAAAGGGAUGUGGGAUAUAGGUAAAUGAAGGAAGGAAGGAAGAAUUCUCCCCUGAAAACACAAUCUUCAAGAUACUGCAUUGAAUCUAACCCUAAGGGACAGCUAGGUGGCGCCGUGGAUAAAGCACCAGCUCUGGAUUCAGGAGUACCUGAGUUCAAAUCCAGCCUCACACUUGGCACUUACUAUAGCUGUGUGACCCUGGGCAAGUCACUUAACCCCCAUGCCCUCCCCCCCCCAAAAGAAUCUAACCCUAAUGGCCUUGCGAGGUUGAUGCAGUACAGUGAAAAAAGCCAAUGCCUCCACGAAUGGCAGGAAAUAUCAUUCUGACCUCUUCUGUGGUUAUGAUCCUCCUUGACUUGAAAUUUGAAGCAAAGGAAGGAAGCUUCUCUUUUGCUUAAGUAAUAUGCUCAGUAGUCUAUGGUAUCCUCCAGCCGGUUAUCUCCCCUACCCAACAAGACACAAUGGUGGCUGGAGGGGAGUUUAUAACAGACAAUUGUUCCUUUUAGAGAUCCUCCUGAGCUCUCCAAAUCAAGUUCAGUGUGGACUAAGAGAUGUCAUCAUUAAGCAAAAGCUCUUUUUAAAAGGAAUUUUUAAAGGGGCUCUAUGAUCAGAGUCUUUGAAAAGGCAAAUGGCUAUAAUGAGGGCUGAUGAUCAACAUGGGUAGAAUUGUGCACAAAUAUUCAAGAAUCAUCUAAUGACGGAUGACUUUAACUAAGAUCAUGGGAUCAUAGGUCUAGAGCUGGAAGUCCUAGAAUCCAUUAGAUUGUAAGCUCCUUGAGGGCAGGGACUGUCUUUUCCCUUUCUUUGUAUCCCCAGUACUUAGCACAGUGCCUGGCACAUAGUAGGCCCUAAAUGCUUGCUGACAAAGCUGUAAGAGGCCUUUUAGAAGCCUUGUAUUCCAACUCCCUCAUUUUACAAAUCAGGAAACUGAGUCUUAGGGAAGUUAAGUGAUUUACCCAAAGUCUCACAUUGGAUUGUAAAUUGGGUCCUAUGACUCCAGUUUCAGUAUUUCUCCCUUUGUACCAUGCUGCUUAAUCUGCUCCCUAAGUAGUUGCCAGUUCUGUAGUUAGGUAGAUGAUAAUCAAAGUUUCCCAAUUAUCUAGUUUGCAAUAUCUCUUUUUCUCUGACCUAGAGCAUGCUUUUCAUUUAUAAACAAGUUCAAGUGUCAUCCAGAGGAAGAAAUGCUGUAUUCUUCUAAGAAUUAGAUCAAAGGCAAGGGUUCUACUGCUUUUAUUCUGCAUGGCCAAAUGAAUAGAAUUUAAAUUUCUCAAUAGUCAAAACAUAAACAAAAGCUAAUUAGCUGGCACUAUUGUCAUCUGAGAAUAAGUGGAUGUUGUUGGCUGACAAACAGGAUAUAAUUAGCUAGUGGAGAGAGAUUUCCAAAUCCCCAUCACUCUGCUGAAAUGUUAUGCCACAUAUGGCAAACAACUGUCUGAGCUGUUCCCAGUCCCUAGGCCACAUCCAAUUUCCAUGGGGUCAGCAAAGGCCAUAGUGAGAAAUAUUGACAUUGAGCACUCUAACUUGGGUCUGUUUCUUCCCAUUAGACUCAAAUACUCAAAUGGAUUUGUGAUCUCAUCAAUUCCAGUGCUUUCUCCAACAAUGCAAUAUGUCCUUCCUAUUGAGAGAAAUAAACAUGGGUUAGACUCCCUGAGGUCAUUUGAAACUUCUAUCAUCCAGAGCUUUAGGUAUAACUUGGGCAUGUCUUGGCCAUAUUGUGUUUUGAUUGAUCAUAUUCUCCCUACCAUAAAUGUGUUCAUCAUUACUUGCUAUUACAGCUAGUAAUCAUCAUGAUUAAUUAAAUAAUAAGCACCCAGUAGCAAGAAUAUUCUGGGCUUUUGGAUUCUGCUCUUAGUCUCCUGCUCCCAGAGGGGAUGGGACCAUAAGCAGAUCUGUCCUUCAAAGGGGAAAAUGACCUGAUCAUACCAGAAAGCCCCGUCCUUUUUUUUGGUUGGGGAUCAUUCUAAAGGAAAAGCUCAAUGUAAAUAUGAGCAGCCUUACAACCCCUCAUUGCCAUUAAUCCCAGGAACAUCAUCUAAGAGUCACUGAAGACACCAAGAAAUGUUGGCAUGAAGAGUUUAUAUUCAUUUAAGUUCAUAUACCAAUACUUCAUCACAGCAUAAUAACUGAAUACUGGACUUGGAGUCAGGUAGACCUGGGUUCAAAUUCAAGGACUUUGAAUGAUUUAAAAUCCAAUGUGGGGGCAGCUAGGUGGCGCAGUGGAUAGAGCACCGGCCCUGGAGUCAGGAGUACCUGAGUUCAAAUCCGGCCUCAGACACUUAACACUUACUAGCUGUGUGACCCUGGGCAAGUCACUUAACCCCAAUUGCCUCACUAAAAACAUAAAAUAAAAUAAAAUCCAAUGUGAAUGUCAGUUAUUAAUUAUAUUAAGGCAGCAAGUGCAAAGGAUAUGUUCUGGCCAUAUGCUAUCAGGAUGGAAAAUCCUUGGGUGGGCAAUGCCCACAGCUGAUGAUGAGCCUUUCCAAAUUAAGUUGUACAGACAACUCUCCAUC